CUGGGAUGCGCCGUUCCUUUCUCUCUAAACGGCUUCGACUCUACGGUCCGUUUCCGCCAGAAGAGAGAUCUCGCGACACUAGAGAGCGAGAGUUGUCGCGCAGAGGCUCACGUUCGACCCACGGCGUGAGCUGCUGGCUUUCGGGGCUCGUGGGGUUGGGUGAGCUCCGUCGACGGGAGAGAACUGCGGGAGCGCCGCUCCGUGUGAGACGCCGCCGCCGUCGCCGCCGCGAUGGGCAAAGCGACCAAGCGGAAGGGGGCCGGUGGUGGCGCCGCGAAGCGGGCUCAGGGCCUCGACGCCGCCGCCGCCCCCUCGGUGUCGAGCAACCCCUUCGAGGUGAAGGUCAACAGGCAGAAGUUCCACAUCUUGGGCAGGAAGACGAGGCACGACGUGGGGCUGCCGGGUGUCACGCGCUCUAAGGCCCACAGGAAGCGUAUUCAGACUUUGCAGAAAGAAUACAAAGAAAAGGAAAAAUCCAAUGUCUUUAAAGACAAACGUUUUGGGGAAUAUGAUACCAAAAUAAGUCCAGAAGAAAAAAUGAUGAAGAGGUUUGCUUUGGAACAACAGAAAAAUUAUGAAAAGAAAAAUAUAUAUAAUCUCAAUGAAGAUGAAGAUUUAACCCACUAUGGCCAUUCUCUAGCAGACAUUGAAAAAUGUAAUGAUACUAUUGAUAGUGACAGCGACACUGAAGAAAGAGGAAUGCUCUCAGCGGAAUUAACAGCUGCUCACUUUGGAGGUGGUGGACUUCUCUGCAAGAAAGCCAUCACAGGGAAGGAAAACGAAGAAGAUAAAAAACCUAAGUCACGGAAGGAGCUCAUUGAAGAACUGAUAGCAAAAUCCAAACAGGAAAGGAGGGAGCGGCAAACACAGAGGGAAAAUACUUUGGAGCUUACAGACAAACUUAACAAUGAUUGGAAGGAGGUUCAAGGCUUUCUGUUCCACAAGAGCCCAAAGCUGGAAAGACAAAAUCAAGAGGAAAAGCUCAAGCCUGAUGAAUAUGAUAUGAUAGUUCGGGAGCUUGGGUUUGAAAUGAAGGCACAACCCUCUGGUAGGAUGAAAACAGAAGAAGAGUUAGCAAAGGAAGAGCAAACGAGACUCCUCCAAUUAGAGGCUGACAGAUUACGGCGGAUGCAUGGAGAUGAGCCUGAGAAAGAAAAGAAACUCAAGCACAUAUCAGCUGAUGAUUUGGUAGAUGGAUUCCUCCUUGAUAAAGAUGACAGGCGUAUGCUUUCUUAUAAGGAUGGCAAGCUGAAUAUUGACGAUGAUAAAGACCAGGAAGAGAGUGUGGAGAGAGAAGAAGGCAGUAGUGAUGGAGAGGAAAGUGAUGAAGAAGCUGUGACUGGUGCUGAUGAUAUUGACGAUAUUGACAGCGCCUCUGAUUUUGAAACUGAAGAGGAAGCCAUUGCUAGUGAAGAACAGAAAAGGGGAAGGGGGGAAGGAAGCAAGGAUGAAUUGCAUACGAAGAAGCAAGAUGCCAAAAGAGAAGCUGCAAAACUGGAGGUGCCAUAUUUGUUUGCUGCUCCAGAAUCUUAUGAGCAACUUGAAGCUGAAUUGUUGGGAAGAACGACAGAAGAACAACUGCUUGUAAUUGAACGAAUUCGGAAGUCUAAUCAUCCAAGCCUUGCAAUGGGAAACAAAGCAAAGUUAGAGAAACUGUUUGAAUUCCUUCUGGAGUAUGUUGGGAAGCUGGCACGUCAGACGCCUCCGGAUCUGAAAACUGUUGAUAAGUUGGUAAUGCCCUUGUAUGAUCUUUGCCAGAUGUUCCCUAAAGCUGCAAGUAAUCAUGUUAAACGUGUCCUUCAAGAUGCUACUCAUGACAUGGAAGAAAUUCUAGCAGUGAAAAGUCAUGCGGCGUUUCCAGAGUUAGAUAUGCUUAUAUACUUGAAAAUUAUUGCAGUACUUUUUCCAACCUCUGAUUUCUGGCAUCCGGUGGUAACACCGUGUUUGGUUUAUAUGAGCCAGCUACUCACAAAGUGCGCAGUAACAACAGUGCAAGAUGUCGUUAAAGGAUUGUUCGUGUGCUGUCUCUUCCUAGAAUAUAUAUCCUUGUCCCGAAGAUUCAUCCCAGAACUUGUCAAUUUUCUCCUGGGAGUUCUUUACAUGGCUAUACCAAAAAAAGAAGUUCAAGAUUAUCCCUUGGUACAUCCUUUUGUGUCACUAGGAAAACGCUCAGACUUACUUGUUGUCACUGACAAAGCAGAUGCAGAUACCUGGCAAAAACAACACCUUCCACUCCAUAUUAUGACUAGAUAUAAAGACGACAGAACAGGCAUGAAUCAUCUACGGUUAUCAUGCUUAGACCUGUGCCUGAACCUGGUGAAGAGAUGUGCAAUUGCAUAUGGAUCAAUUCCAUCAUUCAGUGAAAUAAUGCAGCCCACCCAAAUGCUGCUUAGGACGCACAUGCCAGUGAUUAGGUACCCUCACCACCUGCAGGAGCUGCUUGACAGUGUUCUGAAACAGCUGGAGAGCAAAGGGCAACGUUAUCCCUUGGUGUGCGAAAAGAAAAAGCCAGUGCCUUUGAAGCUGUUCACACCCAAAAUAGUGAAAGUCCUGGAAUUUGGAAGAAAACAAGAAAGCAGUAAGAAAGAACAGGAAAGAAAACGGCUAAUUCAUAAGCACAAACGUGAAUUUAAGGGAGCUGUUCGUGAGAUCCGCAAAGAUAACCAAUUCCUUGCUAGAAUGCAGCUUGCAGAAACCAUGGAAAGGGAUUCAGAAAGAAAAAGAAAAGUGAAACAACUCUUCAGGAGUCUUGCUCAGCAGGAAGGAGAAUGGAAGGCAUUGAAAAGAAAAAAGUUUUAAAUAUACAGUUUUAUAUUGUACAGAAGGAAACCAGAGACAUUUUACAUUUUGUGUUGUGCAUCUUAUGUGUGGGUCUAUUACUAAGAGGGGGAAAACACAAACUGGACAGAUAGGCAUUUCCUUAUAAAGGAAUGUUCACGUUGAAAAAAUGUAUACCAGAUACAGACAUGUUUAUUUAGAAAAAGAAUGUGGCUUUGGAAGAAGGUAUUUGAAAGAAAUGUGGAAACAGGGAAUACAAUGUUCUCUCCCCAACUGGCAUUUUUGGUAGAUGAGCAGCAAAACCACAGGAUAUCAAUGGAGGGUUUUUUCCUGGGGCGGCAAUUGAUUAUUGGUGUAUUUUUUUCAUAACAUGUGGAACAAUUAUCCUGGCACUGCAAGCAAGUAGCACACUGGCCUCUGAACUAAUUGGGAAUCAUUGUAGGCCUUUCCCUUCUAAGCAAGCUCUUGCUAAUUAAAACCAAGUAAGUGUUGCAUACAGGUGAAACUUGGAAAAUGAGAAUAUCGUCGAAAAGGGCAUUUAUUUCAGUAACGCAACUUAAAAGGUGAAACCAAUAUAUGAGAUAGAUGCAUGACAUGCAAAGCAAGAUAUGUCAAGCCUUUAUUUGUUGUAAUUAUUUGUCGUUAGGCGAGUCAAUUAUAAAUGGAAUGGAAUUAAUGAAAUGUAAUAGCGAUGUUUAUUUUUGUAUUAUUGUAACUAUUUGUUUUAUUACUGUGGAAUUUCCAAAAGAAAGCAUGUAAAAAUAAAAAUAAAAAAUAAUAAGUUGCAUUACUGAAAUAAAUGCACUUUUCAACGAUACUUUAAUUUUCCAAGUUUCACCUGUAUAUACUGGCAGUAUCCAAGGUUGUACAAGCAGCCUUUUAUUCCUACAGCAUGACUUGACCUUUCUCCCACACCCCUGUAGCAUGAGUUUUAAUUGACUUUAAUUCCAUCUGUGAGAAAGCGUCAUUGGCUACAUCCCAGUAUCCAGUUGGAUCUUGGAUUAGCUCACCUUCCAGGGGCCACUUCUGACAGGUGUUGGGGUACCUAUACCUGUCCAAUCACCUGAUCAAACUGUAAAGAUUCCUGCUGAAAGUUUCAGUGCCAAAGGCAAGCUGCACUUUUGCACUCAACUGGAGUGGCGCUUGCAUUUUGUGCAAAAUGUAAAAGAUGCUGAAUUGGUGGCAGAGCAUUUCCUGCCUACGCCCAGUCAGAUGGGCAGCAUAUAAAUAAUGAAUUAUUAUUAUUAGGUUUAAGCCAGGUGCCGUUUGGCAAAAGCUGUAGCUGGGGGGGAGGGGGGGCUAGCUAGGUUUUUGCACCAGGUGAAGCUUCCAGAAGGCACCAUUGAGGCUCCCAACUGUCAGCAUUUACUGUGGGCUUCAGCCAGAGAGAGAAAAGGAAAAAGUAAUGUUUGUUGUAAGCGACUAGCCGCCUUUGUUGCUGAGUCAAAAUAAAAAAAUUCCUUCAGUAGUACCUUAAAGACCAACUAAGUUUUUAUUUUGGUAUGAGCUUUCGUGUGCAUGCACACUUCGUCAGUUUGUUGCUGAGUGUUCAUUUCAGAUCUUUUCCCCUUGAAGUGGAAGGCUCAUUUUACAAGAGGAAGCAGGGAGAGGGAGGGAAUAGUUGGACUGAGGCUGGUGGCUCUCCCCAGUGAAGCUGAAGAUUGGGUCCCCUGUGGUUUUGUAACACUGAAAUUCUGAAGAGAGGGAUGGGGAAGCCUGCCCUCCAAGCAAAGUUGAAAAUGUGUGUGUUUUGUUGCUGUCCACUGCUUUGUUUUGCUGUUAAAUCUAAGGAUCCAACUCCUGGAAAUAUACUUUCUCCUUUUUCUUUUUCCAUGUCUCAGUUGUUGUUUUUUAGUCGUUUAGUCAUGUCCGACUCUUCGUGACCCUAUGGACCAGAGCACGCCAGGUCUCAGAUCAAUUAAAAGUGAUGAAGAGAUCAGACUUUCCCAUCUUGCCUUUUGGGGGGGGCAGGAGCAUUUGUCAUGAUAAAACAAUUUAAAUGGCAAAUUCACAAGAUAAGCACUUUGGAGUAUUGCUUGCUGAUAAUAGGUGGGGUGGGAUGGAGGUGUUUGUUUGGAUCUAGAGGACAACGUACAUGUUUAUACCAUUUGAAUACAUGAAGAGGGCACUGCUGUAAAUUACUUGUACCAAAUGAAAUAAAUGUGAUGCUGACAUGUGAAACACUUUGUAUUUAUUCCUUCCUGUAAUUUUGAAGGGAAAUGUAGCCAAUCCGCUUUAAAUUGAGUCUUGCACUGAACGUUUCUACUCAGAAAUUAAGUCCCACUGAAUUCAAUUGAACUUAUUCCCAGGUAACUGGGUAAAGACUGCAGUAUUAUACUGCAAUCCUAAGCAUUUUUACUCAGACAUCCCAAGUGGGACUUGCUCUUUGGUAUGUGCCUGAUCAUUCUCACAGUUACCAUACAAGAAAAUUUGCUCUAUUACAUACAUAAAGCCAGUUAGAUUCUAUGUCAACAGAGGAGCUGAGGGCAAAAGCCAAUGAACCUGCAAAUUUAUAGU